UUCCGGGGUCUCUUCGUCGUCACCUUCCACUUAUUUCUCCCAUUUCCCCUCACCUAGGGUUAGGCCGUUAGGGUUUAGGGUUUCUCCUCUCCCCCUUCUCGUCUCCUCUCCCCUCCUCUCCUCUCCUCUCCUCCCCUCUUCGCCAACUUUAGGGUUUCGAUCCACGAUGAUGCAACCCGGCGGAGGGUUGAACCAGGGGUCCUCCAUGGCGCCGCCGCCGCAGCAGCAGCAGCAGCCGCCGCAGUGGGGGACGAUCCCGCCGCCGCAGCCGAUGUGGAACCAACAGCCCUCGCAGAUCCCGCCGCCGCUGCCGCAGACCCAGCCGCACCCCUACUACGGCGGAGCCUCCGCCGCCGCCGCCGCCGCGGCGCCGCCCCAUGCGGCCCCCGCCGACGAGGUGCGGACGCUGUGGAUCGGGCACUUGCAGUACUGGAUGGACGAGAACUACGUAUUCGGCUGCUUCGCUCAGACCGGAGAAGUUCUUUCGGUGAAGCUGAUCCGCGACAAGCAAUCAGGGCAAUUGCAGGGUUACGGGUUCAUCGAAUUUGCAACCCGUGCCACUGCGGAACAAAUUCUUCAAACCUAUAAUGGUCAGAUUAUGCCUAAUUCUGACCAAACCUUUAGAUUGAAUUGGGCCAGUGCAGGCGACAAACGCGAUGAGACUCCUGAUUAUACGAUUUUUGUCGGGGAUUUGGCAGCGGAUGUUACUGACUUUGUGUUGCAAGAGACCUUCAGGAGCCACUACUCGUCUGUUAAAGGCGCGAAAAUCGUAAUCGAUAAGUUAACAGGGCGGUCGAAGGGAUAUGGUUUUGUAAGGUUUGGAGACCCCACUGAACAAGCGCGUGCCAUGGCUGAAAUGAAUGGUGUGUUCUGCUCCACAAGGGCUAUGCGUAUUGGUCCAGCCACAACUAAGAAAACUGUGGGUGCUCAACAGAAAGCUUCUUCUGAUGGAACUCACUCGGAGAGUGAUCCAAAUAACACUACCAUAUUCGUUGGUGCACUGGACUCAAAUGUGAGCGAAGAUCAUCUACGCCAACUUUUCAACCCUUAUGGGGAACUUGUCCAUGUAAAGAUACCUCCUGGGAAGAGAUGUGGGUUUGUUCAAUUUGCUAGCAGGGCUUGUGCGGAGGAAGCGCUACUGAUGUUGCAGGGGACUCAAUUGGGCGGGCAGAACAUUCGGCUCUCAUGGGGCCGUACCCCAUCAAACAAACAGCCACAACAGGAACCUAACCAAUGGAGCAGUGGCUACUAUGGCUACGGGCAAGGUUAUGAAGCUUCUUAUAACUAUCCGCAAGCUCCUCAGGAUCCUAACAUGUAUUCGUACGGAUCCUACCCAGGAUACGCCAAUUACCCACCCCAGCAGUGAUCGCUGGUGUUACUCGAAGAAGCCAUUUUCCCGUGUCGGCGGAACCCUAAUCAGAUGGUUAAAAGUUGUAGUAAUUUGGGUUGGAUGGGAACCGGCAGGUUGAUACAGAAAUGAUGCAUGCUGCUACUGUUGUUGCCGGCUUGUCUUAUUCUCUUUCUUAUACCUUCUGCUUCAUACUAUAGCUGUUAUUGGUGUGAGAAUACUCUUAUUCAACUCUUUCUAUGCUUGGAUUAAUCCUUCGAGAUUGUGUUUUGUUUUUGGUUUCUGGUGUCGUCAACGUUCGCGCUGCAUGCUCAGUUAAGAUAUAUCCGCAUUUACCAUUCGCAGAUGUGAUUCACCGAGUCGGGUGAGAUCUGAUCGGUCAGUAGUGAUGGUAAAUACGGCUUCGCGUGUGGCGCUGCUGUGUGUUUUUCUUAAUCCUCUCUUCUCUCUAAUAAAAUUGGUAAUUUGAUCCUGUGU